UUCUGCCUUCCGUACCCCCUGAGCCCCUCAAUGUAAAGUGGCAGAUGGUCUAGCCCGGCGGAGGCACCAGCUAGAGGCCGCGGCACUAACACCCGGAGUGAAGGGCGCACCGCGCACGCAUGCGCAGAGGCGCGGCAGGGGGGCGGGAGCCGCGGAACCCCUACCCCAGGUCUGCGCAGUGUACAAGUCUUCCUCCUCUUCGAGACCAUGUUAUUGCAAUAGCAGCAAACGUGUUGGGAGGCCUCACAGUUCAUCGUGGUUUUUCUGGCCUCUGGCAGAUAGCUCCUCCCUAGCGAGCUGUGGAGCUUAAAGUCUUUUGGACACUUGAUUCUAUUCAAUCCAGUAUCAGACCAGGUCAUUGCUAGGAAGAACUCUGGGUACAAUAAUGAAUACAAUGUGCGUGAUGAUGGCUCAGAUCUUAAGAUCUCACCUGAUAAAGGCUACAGUGAUUCCUAAUCGAGUGAAAAUGCUUCCAUAUUUUGGUAUCAUUAGAAAUAGAAUGAUGUCAACCCAUAAAUCCAAAAAGAAGAUCAGAGAAUAUUAUAGGCUGCUGAACGUGGAGGAAGGAUGCUCUGCAGAUGAAGUCAGGGAAUCUUUUCAUAAGCUUGCCAAGCAGUAUCAUCCUGACAGUGGCUGUAAUACUGCUGAUUCUGCAACAUUUAUAAGGAUUGAAAAAGCUUAUAGAAAGGUGCUCUCCCAUGUGAUAGAACAAACAAAUGCCAGUCAGAGUAAAGGUGAAGAAGAAGAUGUAGAAAAAUUCAAAUAUAAAACACCCCAACACCGGCAUUAUUUAAGUUUUGAAGGUAUUGGUUUUGGGACUCCAACUCAACGAGAGAAGCAAUAUAGGCAAUUUAGGGCAGACCGUGCUACUGAACAAGUGAUGGAAUAUCAAAAGCAGAAACUACAAAGCCAGUAUUUUCCUGAUAGUGUAAUUGUUAAAAAUAUAAGACAGAGCAAACAGCAAAAGAUAACUCAAGCUAUAGAACGUUUAGUGGAGGACCUCAUUCAAGAAUCCAUGGCAAAAGGAGACUUUGACAAUCUCAGUGGGAAAGGAAAACCUCUGAAAAAGUUUUCUGACUGUUCUUACAUUGAUCCCAUGACUCACAACCUGAACCGAAUACUGAUCGAUAAUGGAUACCAACCAGAAUGGAUCCUUAUGCAAAAGGAAAUAAGCGAUACUAUUGAGCAACUCAGAGAGGCAAUUUUAGUGUCUAGGAAAAAACUUGGGAAUCCAAUGACACCAACUGAACAGAAACAGUGGAACCAUGUUUGUGAGCAGUUUCAAGAAAACAUCAGAAAAUUAAACAAGCGAAUUAAUGAUUUUAAUUUAAUUGUUCCCAUCCUGACCAGGCAAAAAGUCCAUUUUGAUGCUCAGAAAGAAAUUGUCAGAGCCCAGAAAAUAUACGAGACCCUUAUAAAAACAAAAGAAGUCACAGAUAGAAACCCAAAUAACCUUGAUCAAGGAGAAGGAGAGAAAACACCUGAAAUCAAGAAAGGUUUUUUAAACUGGAUGAAUCUGUGGAAAUUUAUUAAAAUGCGAUCAUUCUGAUGUUUACUAUCAUAAAUCAUUCUUAGUUCCACUGACAACAUGGAAAAUGAGAUUUAUUGCUAUAAUACAAGAAUUUAAGAACUGUGCCAUUGUACUUAUCACAAAACUAAUCACAUAGCCAAUGAUUUGUGAGUGAGAAACCUAUCAGGUUUGUCCUGAGGAUAUAGCAAGAAAAGAAAAUAACUGAAACUCCUUUUUUUUUUGAGACGGUGUCUUGCUCUGUCGCCCAGGCUGGAGUGCAAUGACACAAUCUAGGCUCACUGCAACCUCUGCUUCCCAGGUUCAAGUGAUUCUCCUGCCUCAGACUCCCGAAUAGCUGGGAUUACAGGCACACACCACCACACUCGGCUAUUUUUGUAUUUUUUUUUUUUCUUUUUUUUUUUGAGACAGAGUCUCACUCUGUCACCCAGGCUGGAGUGCAGUGGUGCGAUCUCGGCUCACUGCAAGCUCCGCCUCCCAGGUUCACGCCAUUCUCCUGCCUCAGCUUCCUGAGUAGCUGGGACCACAGGCUCCGGCCACCACACCCGGCUAAUUUUUUGUAUUUUUAGUAGAGACGGGGUUUCACUGUGUUAGCCAGGAUGGUCUUGAUCUCCUGACCUCGUGAUCCGCCCACCUCGGCCUCCCAAAGUGCUGGGAUUACAGGUGUGAGCCACCGCGCCCGGCCUAUUUUUGUAUUUUUUGUAGAGAUGGGGUUUCACCAUGUUGGCCAGGAUGGUCUCAAACCCCUGACCUCAUGAUCCACCUGCCUCGGCCUCCCAAAGUGCUGGGAUUACAGGCUUGAGCCACCACUCCCGGCCUAAUUUUUAUAUUUUUAAUAGAGAUGGGGUUUCACCAUGUUGGCCAGGAUGGUUUCGAUCUCUUGACCUCAUGAUCCGCCCCCCCUUGGCCUCCCAAAGUGCUGGGAUUACAGGCGUGAGCCACCGCACCCGGCCAAAAAUAACUGAAACUUCUAAAGAAAAUAAUUUAGUUCAUUCCAGUGUUAAAAUGUUGGUCAUCCAGUGAAAUGAGCUAGGAUCGGGUUUCUGACUUAGGAAUCAUACAUGAAUUCCAAAAGUUUUAGUGCAGUUUUGAGCUGUAAUAACUAAUUUAAAAGCAGUGACUGUUGCCAUUUUCAAACAUAGGUACUUAAACAACAACAGGGAAACCGAAAAAUACGUUAUCAAAAGUCACAAAACUGAAGUGUUAUGAAAUUUAACCAAUUAAACCUCCAGAUGACUUCUUUUUAAA